UUUGGGAAUGGUUAAUAUUGUGGCGCUCAUAAAGUUUGUGGAUUUUCCUUAUCGAUAUGAGAUCAGUUCAGUUUUGCCAGCGCUCAAGAUAACGCAAAAUAAUGUCUGAUCAGAAUAGGGAGCGGAAGCUUAAGCAUCUUUUUGAUGGCGGGGAAUGGAAUGUAUAUGAGCCGACUGUAUUAAAUUUGGGUGUCGGUGCUCCAGGCACAGAUCUAUUAGAGCCUUGUUGUGAUAUUUUUCAAGAGGCUACUGCACAUUGCUUGCAAAGGGAAAAAGAGGUCAACCAGUCUCUGAUAUUUCAAUAUGGACCAACCAACGGCACUCAUGAAAUACGCAACGAAAUCGCCAAGUACUUGACCGGAAUGUAUGAUAGUCCCGUAAACUGCGAAGACCUGAUAGUCACAACUGGCGCUAGUCAAGGCUUGCAUUUCUUGCUCUCUACAAUGAUAGACUUUAAUGGCUAUUUAUUUGUGGAUGAGUACACGUAUAUGAUUGCCUUGGACAGCAUGAAACACUUCACCAGUCUUACGAUUGUUCCUCUUAAACUGAAUGACGAUGGCGUCGACCUUAACGAUCUGGAGGUUAAAGUAAAAGAACGUCGCUUUAAAUCACAGAACAAAGAGUUUUGGGCCAUUUACUAUACGAUACCCACAUAUCACAAUCCUACCGGCAUUUUGUUCUCACCAACUGUUUGUCGUGGAAUUGUGGCGCUCUCACGCAAAUACGACUUCUUAGUAGUGUGCGAUGAUGUCUACAACAUUCUUCAUUAUGACAAUAAACCGCAGCACUCGCGUCUAAUGUCUUAUGACACACGCACAGAUGAAGACUACGUCGGCCAUGUGAUUUCCAACGGCAGCUUUUCGAAGAUUAUUGGACCUGGGGUGCGCCUAGGCUGGCUAGAGGUGCCUCCACGUCUUAAACCGCAACUUCUUCACAGUGGGAUCAUUAACAGCGGUGGUUGCUUCAAUAACUACACAGCUGGAAUUGUUGGCAGUCUAUUUGAACUUCAACUGGCGCAACCGCAUAUUGCAAGACUCUAUGCAGCAUACAAAGAGCGGAUGUUGGCUGUCAUCGCGGUGUUAAAGUCUGAACUACCCAACACCUGUCGAUUUGUAGCGCCUUCUGGAGGUUACUUUAUUUGGAUACGUUUGCCGGACCAGGUGAAGGCAACCGAAUUUCUGGAAUACUGUUUGGAGCAUGAGAAGAUUACAUUCAUUGUUGGUUCACGAUUUGCUGUUGAGGAGGGAAAGGGACAACAAUUCUUUCGCAUAUCCAUAGCAUUUCACAAGAAAGAAAAACUUGUGGAUGGGAUCAGCCGUCUGUGUCUGGCUCUAAAAGCCUUUAUAAAGAGUGUUAAACACACGUGAGCUAUUUUGAUUUUCUAAUAUGGCAAAAAUAAUUGUAAUUCAUUG